UUUGAAUUACGACUACUUGAUUCUGUGUCUUGUUUGAUAAGUAUCCUUAUUCGAAGAUGAAACUCUUAGCUGCCUUCGCCAUCUUACUGAUUGGCGCCAACGCUAGUGUUCUACCGGUGCCAAGCGAAGCCAUCGCAGAAGGCAAGAACGAUGCUCGUUUUAUUGAGGGAAUAAUUGCUGAUAUUCUCGACCUCAUAAGCAACUACCUCGCCGCCAACGGCUAUGAUCCCUAUGAAGUGGACUCCUUGGAAUACCAAUAUAGACUGCCAGUGACAGACCUGUUCGCACUCGACGCCGAGCUGAAGGGCUUGAAGCUGGCUGGUGGUAGUAACAUCGUGCUGCACAAUAUCAAUUAUGCCGUUCUCGCCAGCAGACUUACCUUCGACGUAUCUCUGCCCAGACUCUCAGCUGCCGUCGAUAGUUCCGCCUUGGACGUUACCUUCUUUGGUGGAAAUUUAAAUGUUGGCCUCGGAGGAUCAGUCGCUCUUGUGGAAACUCGCUUGAAGGUUGAUGUUCGUAUUAACAUUAGCGUCAUCGGAGGCAUCUCAAUCCGUACCCUUGACAUUGACUUCACUCUUCGUGGUAUCGAGUCCGAACUCGACCUCAGAAUUCAGGACGUCGACUAUUCCGAACCCAUCAACAAGUUGCUUGGAGCUACCAUCCCCAAUGCACUCGAAGCCAACAGGGACGAGCUCAAUGAACUGUUGGAGUACAUCGUCUUGCAGAUCGCUGAAAGCAUUCUAUAAACUAAUAACAACAUAUCUGAAACAAACCGAGACGAGAUGUGAAUUCACUGAUGUUCAAUAUUUUAUUAUUAAACACAUUUCAUAAAUAGAUUUACCUAUAU